GGGGUAAAAAAAAAAAUCGUUAAUCAUUGAUCUGACUGUGAGGUCAGGAGUGGUGUCCACUGGAAACAAGUUCUCUGUUACCUCUGCCUUUAGUAUGUUUUCAUGCUUGGACUAAGCUCCACUGUGUAGAGUUUAGGGGCAAGCAGAGAGCUGGCCUGGGCAUCAGGGAGAUGGAAUUCAUUAGCAUCAGUUGUUGAAGUGACCCUGCUGUGAGGAAGGGGAAACCCUCUUGGAUAAUCAAAAGGGAAAACUUCUGUUCUCCUCUCUUAACGCUGUGGCGGGCUGACUGGAUCCAAGGUAGCAGAAUUUGUGGUCGCCCAUGCCUAGCUCCUCCUGGCCUGUUCAGUUGCAUCUGGAGAGGUUUGGGGCAACUCUAAAGGAAGCCUUUGUGAGCUAGAGGAGAACUUAGCAAUGGCCAGUACAAAUGCCAUAUUUCACACGGAAAGGAAAUGAAGCCGAGAGGUGAAAAACUGGCUGGUAAUUAAACACCAAGGGAAAAAGCAAUACUGUGCUUAGUCUUCAGAGAAUUUUCUUUCUACUUUCAUUUCAGCCUCCAGAGAAUGAAUGAUGGUUGUAAUGGUGGACCAAACUAACUUGACCUCCCUCGGACUUAAAUUACAUACAGGGUACUUUCUGAAUUUUCUGGAGCCGGUUAACAAUAUCACCAUAGUCCAAGGCCAGACAGCGAUUCUGCACUGCAAGGUGGCCGGAAACCCGCCGCCCAGCGUGCGGUGGCUGAAGAACGACGCCCCGGUCGUGCAGGAGCCCCGGCGCAUCAUCAUCCGCAAGACGGAAUACGGUUCUCGGCUGCGGAUCCAGGACCUGGACACGACGGACACCGGCUACUACCAGUGCGUGGCCACCAAUGGGGUGAAGACCAUCACCGCCACUGGCGUCCUGUUCGUGCGGCUCGGUCCAACACACAGCCCAAAUCAUAACUUUCAAGACGACUACCACGAGGAUGGAUUCUGCCAGCCUUACCGGGGAAUCGCCUGUGCGCGUUUCAUUGGGAACCGGACCAUUUAUGUGGACUCUCUCCAGAUGCAGGGGGAGAUCGAAAACCGAAUCACAGCUGCCUUCACCAUGAUCGGCACCUCCACGCACCUGUCGGACCAGUGCUCGCAGUUCGCCAUCCCGUCCUUCUGCCACUUCGUGUUCCCGCUGUGCGACGCGCGCUCCCGGGCGCCCAAGCCGCGCGAGCUGUGCCGGGACGAGUGCGAGGUGCUGGAGAGCGACCUGUGCCGCCAGGAGUACACGAUUGCGCGCUCCAACCCGCUCAUCCUCAUGCGGCUGCAGCUGCCCAAGUGCGAGGCGUUGCCCAUGCCCGAGAGCCCGGACGCCGCCAACUGCAUGCGCAUCGGCAUCCCGGCCGAGAGGCUGGGCCGCUACCAUCAGUGCUACAAUGGCUCAGGCACGGAUUACAGAGGAACGGCAAGCACCACCAAGUCGGGACACCAGUGCCAGCCGUGGGCCCUGCAGCAUCCUCACAGCCACCACCUGACCAGCGCCGACUUCCCCGAGCUCGGAGGAGGGCACGCCUACUGCCGGAACCCUGGAGGGCAGAUGGAAGGCCCCUGGUGCUUCACGCAGAAUAAAAACGUACGCAUGGAACUGUGUGACGUACCCUCUUGUAGCCCCCAAGACAGCAGCAGGAUGGGAAUUCUGUACAUCUUGGUUCCGAGCAUUGCCAUUCCCCUGGUCAUCGCGUGCCUUUUCUUCUUGGUCUGCAUGUGCCGGAAUAAACAGAAGGCUUCUUCCUCCACGCCCCAGAGGCGGCAGCUGAUGGCCUCACCCAGCCAGGAUGUGGAAAUGCCUCUCAUCAACCAGCACAAGCAGGCCAAACUCAAGGAGAUCAGCUUGUCCACGGUGAGGUUCAUGGAGGAGCUCGGGGAGGACCGGUUCGGGAAGGUCUACAAAGGGCAUCUGUUCGGCCCGGCGCCGGGCGAGCAGACCCAGGCCGUGGCCAUCAAGACGCUGAAGGACAAAGCGGAGGGGCCGCUCCGGGAGGAGUUCCGGCAUGAGGCCCUGCUGCGGGCACGGCUGCAACACCCCAACAUUGUCUGCCUGCUGGGCGUGGUGACCAAGGACCAGCCCCUCAGCAUGAUCUUCAGCUACUGCUCGCACGGCGACCUGCACGAGUUCCUGGUCAUGCGCUCGCCGCACUCGGACGUGGGCAGCACAGACGACGACCGCACGGUGAAGUCCGCCCUGGAGCCCCCCGACUUCGUGCACGUGGUGGCGCAGAUCGCCGCGGGCAUGGAGUACCUGUCCAGCCACCACGUGGUCCACAAGGACCUGGCCACCCGCAACGUCCUCGUGUACGACAAGCUGACCGUGAAGAUCUCGGACUUGGGGCUCUUCCGCGAAGUGUACUCGGCCGACUACUACAAGCUGACGGGGAGCGCGCUGCUGCCCAUCCGCUGGAUGUCCCCCGAGGCCAUCAUGUACGGCAAGUUCUCUGUGGACUCGGACAUCUGGUCCUACGGCGUGGUCCUGUGGGAGGUGUUCAGCUACGGCCUGCAGCCCUACUGCGGCCACUCCAACCAGGACGUGGUGGAGAUGGUCCGGAGCCGGCAGGUGCUGCCCUGCCCCGACGACUGCCCCGCCUGGGUGUACGCGCUGAUGAUCGAGUGCUGGCACGAGUUCCCCAGCCGGCGGCCCCGCUUCAAGGACAUCCACGGCCGGCUGCGGGCCUGGGGCAACCCGUCUACCUACAACAGCUCGGGGCAGACCUCGGGCGCCAGCAACGUCACACAGACCAGCUCGCUGAGCACCAGCCCCGUCAGCAACGUCAGCAACACCCGCUACGGGGGCCCCAAGCAGAAGGCCCAGCCCUUCCCGCAGCCCCAGUUCAUCCCCAUGAAGGGCCAGAUCAGACCCAUGGUGCCCCCUCCCCAGCUCUACAUCCCCGUCAAUGGGUACCAGCCCGUGCCGGCCUACGGGGCCUACCUGCCCAACUUUUACCCGGUCCAGAUCCCGAUGCAGAUGGCCCCACAGCAGGUGCCCGCCCAGAUGGUGCCCAAGCCUGGCUCCCACCACAGCGGCAGCGGCUCCACCAGCACGGGGUACGUCACCACCGCGCCCUCCAACACAUCCGUGGCAGACAGGGCAGCCCUGCUCUCGGAGGGCACUGAGGACACGCAGAACGUCCCGGAAGAUGUGGCCCAGAGCCCCGUGCAGGAAGCAGAGGAGGAGGAGGAUGGCUCCGUCCCCGAGACCGAGCUGCUGGGAGACAAUGACACUCUGCAGAUGGACGAGUCUGAGGUCCAGCUGGAAGCCUGAGGGCUGCAGGGCCGCGGGGCGCUUGGGGGGAGACUUGGGCCUCCCUGAGGAGCGCGCCCCGGGUACCAGUGGGCUGGAGUGCAGUCUCCCUGGGCGAAGUCCUCCUCUGUCGUCCUCUCGUGCACGGAGCAGCACUGUGCCCACCUGCUUGGUUGGAGGGUCUUGUAGCCAAUGGCUCCUGACAAGGCAGGGGUGGUAACCCAGCAGGACUCGUGGUGACCCCCAGUGCCACCUACAUUUCCCUGGAGGUCAAUCGGCCGUGAGCAGUGCCUGUGCUCUGAAGGAAAUUAGGUGGCAUCUUCCCUCCAUAUUGCAUAGGGAUUGAAUAUUUCCAAACAUUGGGAAAACAGGCCUGCAAAAAGGCAGUGAGGUGGGACCUCGGGCUUUGCGAUGCCCAGCGACUGGGCUGCUGCGUGAGGAUGGAGGAGGAUGCUUUUCUCUCUGCUACCCCCCCCGCCCACCAGUAACAGUCUCCCUUCAGCCACCAAAGAUUAGUGGGAACAGGACGCGGCCGCCUGCCCCCUGUCAGAGUCUGAUGAGAAAGGGGCUCCUGGAAUGGGAGUUCCGUAUUAAAACGAAAUGUGCCUUAAAAGAAACCCACACAAUUUUGUACUUUUGUGAAAUGAUUUUAAUUAUCCUGCAUGUGUAUUUUGCCCAGUUUUCUGGAAUUCAAGGGAAAGUGUUUUUGGGGUUUGGAAUGUUACAAAAGAGGCAAUAUUGUACAGAGCACAGUAUUGUUAUUUUUUUUCUUUUUUUUUUAGAAUCCUGUACAGACCUUAAAUGUAAUUUAUAUGGUUUUUGUAUGCCAUUUUCAUUGAAGAAUUUUGAGCUUAAAAUAAUGACUUCGUAAUUUAACUGUUUACGUUACCCACAUUGGGAUGCCACCUGAUUGUGUUUUGGUUUGCUUGUGUUUGUACCAUAUGUAAGCGAGGUCAGUUCAUUUCAGAGCUCCUAUGAGAGAAGGCGCACAGGCACACUGCAUCUGACACACGGGGUAGAGCGCACUUGUAACUCCCACACCUGGUGUAUCCAAUAAAGCAAAACAGAAGGUUCGGUCUGCCCUCUGCAGGUCCUGAGGACAUCAGGC